AUGGGAAAAAAGGAUGAAGACGAAAUUCCUCUUCUUGAAGCGUCGGAAAUAUCAGAAAGAAGGUCCCGAGUUAGGAAAACGCCGAAACUAGAGACGGUAGAGACGAUCAGAUACAAAGUUCAGGCGGACGAAACACUCGAGUCGAUUGCGCUGAGAUUCGCAGUAUCAAAGGAAGAAUUGAAACGUCUGAACAAUUUAUUCACCGAUUCGGAUUUGAUUACAAAGAAAGAAAUUCUCAUUCCAGACAGAAGAUUAACCGCUGUUCCGACUGAUCUUCUUGUGAAUAUUGAAGAUCAAAUCCAAGACUCUGAAACGUCCUCCUCCAUUGGCGAUGCUACUGCAGCUACGGAUGCAAUUUUCGAUAGAAUAGACAAGUCAAACCAAGAAGCAGUUCACAAAGUCUCCUCAAUCGGAAUCCGCCACCCUCUAACCGAAGCCGAAAUUCGCCAGCAAUCAGAAAAUAGAUUGAACGAGUUUUUGGGAAAUCUCCCACCCGUCGCUGUUCUUCCCAAAUUCGGCCGAUACGAGCAAAACUCCGAAAGCACUGAAUGGUGUUACUUAGGACUAUGCGGCGUCGUUGUGGUGAUUUGCGUGCCCGCGUUUUUGUACUACUACCUUAUCAUUCUUCAGAAGCAUAUUACCAUCGAUCCUUAA